GUUGCUCAUCUCUAGCUCCCAUUCACGGCACGCGCAGACAAAUGGAAAACGACAACAAUCAAAAAGAAACGGAUACAAAAAGCAUUAGGGACGAGAGCGCGGAAAGCGAUGACGAGAACGAGGAUGUGUUCCACUUUGAGACGGAGCACUUGGCAUUACGUGGGAAUCAAUGCUAUGGCAAUCUGCUGCGGACCAUUGCCACGCUGCAGGCUCAGCGCAUUCGCGUCCAUCAACAAAUAGACGAGCUGGAGAAAGCGCGCGAUUUGUAUCUGGAGAAUCCGCAACUGUUGCUGGACAGAUUGCGCAACAAUGAGCCGCUGAUAGCGCCCAAUUACUUAACGCCCGUUCGCCUGCCAGAGUUGCCCACAUUAACAGUUAAGCAAGAGCUCAAAACCGAGACACCAGCCCCCAAUUCUCAGCCCACGGAGGAGGACAAGAACAAUAGGAAUGGCAGCAAAACGCAAACGCGUCUGUGGACGAACGAGGAGCAACUACGCCUGGAACAGUUACUCAUCGAGUAUCCGCCGGAAGAGGUGGAAAUGCGGCGCUUUGGCAAAAUCGCCAAAGCCUUGGGCAAUCGAACAGCGCAACAAGUUUUUAGCCGUGUCCAGAAGUACUUUCAGAAGCUCCACGAUGCCGGCAUGCCUGUGCCGGGUCGCUUGCCCAAGUACAGGCGAGCGGGCGGCCCCACACGACCCAAGUUUAACGUGCGCCGUUCCACAUUCUUUCCGGCCCAGAAUAUACAAAUACAAAUGCCAGAGGAUGAGUACACAUUGGAUGACCUGAUGCCCGUUGCACCGUCUCCGCCGCCACCGCCUGCAGUUAAAAUCGAACCCAAGCUGGAGCCAGAUGCGCUCGAAUCGGAGACGCAACGUAAGCAGCUACUGCAGCUGAAAAUAUUAACAGCCAUACGCGACGAAAAGCUGCAAACCGAGGACGGCUACAGUCCCGAUCCGCUGGCGCCCAAGUGCGCCGAAUGCGAGGAAUCGGCCGUCACCCAAAAGCGUUGGCACUGCAACAGUUGCUAUUGCUAUCUAAAUCUAUGCGGCGAUUGCCUAGCCCAUCAAUUGAUUACCGAGCAAUUCGAGCACCUGGCUCAUGAUGUCGUCGAGGAUCACGAGACAUGAUACAAAAACACACGCAGCUAAGCUUCGAAGCAUUCGUCAAAUUGUAUCUUUAUAGUCUGAACUGCAAGUCCAAGUAAAACUCCGCUGGUUGGGUUCCAAAACAUCUUUGCAUCCAGGUUUCGAUUCAAUAUAUAUAUAUAUUUUCAAAGUUUGUACAAAAGAAUUCAAUAUAUAAUUUGUAAACGCCCGUUCUACUGAAAAUAUUGCAAACCAUAAAUAUUUUCAUUUAGAAAUUGCGGGCAAGAUUGGGUCUCUACCCAAAAUUGCCAUCUACGGAAUUAUGUUUAGAUAUGAUUUAGAAUACUUUGGCGUUGAGUCUCUAAAAGCUUUUAAUUGUAAGCCUGACCUAUGGCUAUAUCAUCUGCCUGCUGUAGGAUCCAUAGGUUUUCUUUUCUGUCUUCAUAGACAGCUUCCCUUUGCUCCAUCAACACCUACUCCAUCCAUAAGUUCCAAGUUCUGUCAAGAUCGUCAUACUAUAUCAUAUUGUUGCUCCAGAAACAAGUACAAGUAAAACUUCAUCUUGCCUGCAAGUAAAUAUUUGAAAAGAA